UGGUGCCAUCUACUGGUAAAAUACAGCACAGACACGUUGCUGCAUUGAAUAACUUAUGUCCUGACCGCUCGCUGAUAGAGCUGCCAUGAAUUGAAAAUGCUUUCAUUUUGAAAUGUCUGGCCAUCUCGGAGAGUGAAGUAAACAUAAACUGGAAAUGUCUGCAAGUAGAUAGCUAGUGGCCUUCGCUUUUACACUGAUUAGCCUGACUACUGCGGAGCAGCAGCAAGUCAAGAUGGACCCCGCUGAGGAAGUGGACAUUUGCCGGGUAUGUCGGUCGGAGGGGACCCAGGACAAGCCGCUCUACCACCCCUGUGUUUGCACUGGCAGCAUCAAGUUUAUCCAUCAGGAAUGCUUACUGCAGUGGUUGAAACACAGCAGAAAAGAAUACUGUGAAUUAUGCAAACACAGGUUUGCGUUUACACCAAUUUACUCUCCAGACAUGCCAUCUCGCUUGCCUGUACAGGAUAUCUUUGCAGGGCUGGUCACAAGUAUUGGAACAGCCAUCAGAUAUUGGUUCCAUUACACACUGGUGGCUUUUGCCUGGCUAGGCGUGGUGCCUCUUACUGCAUGUCGUAUCUACAAGUGUUUAUUUACCGGCUCUGUGAGCUCUUUCCUUACCCUCCCAUUAGAUAUGCUUUCAACACAAAACCUGCUUGCAGACUGCCUUCAGGGCUGUUUUGUUGUCACUUGCACCCUGUGCACCUUCAUCAGCUUGGUGUGGCUCAGAGAGCAGAUUGUCCAUGGUGGUGCCCCUCAGUGGUUAGAGCAGAAUCAACCUCCUCUGGUUCCCAACAACCCUGCACCAGCUAAUGAGGUUCCAGGUGGUGCUGCAGUCAAUGCUCAGGCUGCAGGAAAUGCUGCAGCAGCCCAGCACCCUGCAGACCUUAAUGCAGACGGGCUGGACCCGGCCAAUCCACAUGAAGCUGGCAACCAGGGAGAUGAGGCUGAACUUGAUGACGAUGAAGAUGAAGAUGACGAUGGGGAAGACGAUGAAGAGGCCGAGGAAGAUGAGGAGGGCAGGGAAGAGGAUGCUGCUGAUGCCAAUAAUGGAGGACAAGAAGACUUGAACUGGAAUGGCCUGGAGUGGGACCGUGCAGCAGAGGAGCUGACCUGGGAAAGGAUGCUGGGGUUGGAUGGCUCCCUAGUUUUCUUGGAGCAUGUAUUCUGGGUGGUGUCUCUCAACACACUCUUCAUCCUUGUCUUUGCGUUCUGUCCGUAUCACAUCGGCCAUUUCUCAGUGAUUGGACUGGGUUUUGAAGAUUAUGUUAGAGCGUCACACUUUGAUGGCCUCAUCACCACCAUACUGGGGUACAUCCUCCUGGCUGGAGUUCUUACACUCUGCCAUGCACUGGCUUCAUUAGUGAAGUUCCAGCGGUCCAGACGCCUUCUAGGUGUCUGCUACAUUGUUGUCAAGGUGUCCCUUCUGGUUGUCAUGGAGAUAGGCUUGUUCCCACUAAUUUGUGGUUGGUGGCUUGAUAUUUGCUCAUUGGAGAUGUUUGAUGCCACUCUGAAAGACAGGGAGCAGAGUUUUGACUCCGCUCCUGGUACCACCAUGUUCCUCCACUGGCUGGUUGGCAUGGUCUAUGUUUUCUACUUUGCUUCUUUCAUCCUUCUGCUCAGAGAGGUACUCCGGCCUGGUGUGCUAUGGUUCCUGAGGAACCUGAAUGAUCCAGACUUCAACCCAGUCCAAGAGAUGAUCCACCUGCCCAUUUCCAGACAUCUCCGGAGGUUUAUUUUCUCUGUGAUGGUGUUUGGUUCCAUAGUUAUUCUGAUGCUUUGGCUUCCUGUUCGAAUCAUUAAGCUGCUCUUCCCAACCUUCCUUCCUUACAAUGUCAUGCUUUACAGUGAUGCCCCAGUCAGCGAACUGUCUUUGGAGCUGCUGUUGCUUCAGGUUGUUCUGCCAGCAUUGUUGGAGCAGGGUCACACUCGCCAGUGGCUCAAACGGCUCGUCCAUGCCUGGACAUUCACAGCUGGAUACAUGUUUGACCUUCACUCAUACCUGCUGGGGGAAUAUGAAGAUGACGACAACCAACCAAACAACAAUGCUCCUGGUCACCAUAACAACAACCAGAUCCCUGGCCUGGGGGAGGGGCUUCAUGCAGCCCAUCAGGCCAUUCUACAACAAGGCUUUCCUGUGGGUUUCCAGCCAUACCACCGACCUGUCAACUUUCCCCUCAAAGUCAUUCUGCUGGUUGUCUUCAUGUGUGUGACAUUAUUACUGUCUAGUCUGAUCUGCCUUACACUACCAGUGUGUGUGGGUCGCUGGCUGAUGUCUUUCUGGAUGGGUAGUACCAUGGUUCAUGAGCUGUACACAGCAGCCAGUGGUCUGUAUGUCUGCUGGCUGUCCAUUCGAGCUGCCACAGUGCUGCUGUCCUGGAUGCCACAGGGACGGACUGUCAUCUUGCUCAAAGUCCAUGAGUGGACGCUCAUGAUCCUGAAGACCAUUGUGGUCGCCCUGCUGUUAGCUGGGGUGAUUCCUCUGCUGCUGGGUCUGUUGUUUGAGCUGGUCAUCGUUGCGCCUCUCAGAGUCCAGCUGGACCAGACACCACUGUUCUAUCCCUGGCAGGACUGGGCUCUGGGUGUGCUCCAUGCUAAAAUCAUUGCUGCUAUCACACUAAUGGGCCCUCAGUGGUGGCUCAAAACCGUCAUUGAGCAGAUGUAUGCUAAUGGGAUCCGAAACAUCGACCUCCAUUUCAUCAUGCGAAGGCUGGCUGCCCCAGUCAUCUGUGUCUUGCUGCUAUCACUUUGUGUACCCUACACCAUCUGUAAAGGCAUCACACCACUUCUGGGUGUGCAACCAGAGAUGCAGAUACUGGUGGAGAGGAGAAUCUAUCCGUUCCUGAUGAUGGUGGUCAUUCUGGCCAUUCUGUUCUUCCAGAUACGACAGUUCAAACGCUUAUACGAACACAUCAAAAAUGACAAAUAUCUGGUUGGACAGAGGCUUGUGAACUAUGAAUGUAAGACAGGCAGGAGCAUGUCUUCCUCUUCCUAUAGCACCUCUUCAUAGACCUGAUGCUGCUGUGGGAUCAGUGGAGCUGGCUCUCUCUGCACAGCACUGGGAGCUAACAUCAGCUCCUGUGAUGAAACCUUUUUGUAUCCUCACAACUUGACUGUCAACUUCAGUCUCUAAACUUUUGACUGUACCCUCUCUUUUAUCCAACAACAUCAACUGCAGUCACAGCUUCAGGGGACAAAGACAUCGAAGAUUGAAGACAAAAUAGUCUCAAAACUCACUACUGACAGAAAUGUUCAUUUCUGACCAAGGUUGUUAGUCAGCCUGAAAAAACCCUAUCAGCAGAAUUGAAUGUCAGCACAACCACAAACCAGUUGAUGGUCCAUCCUGUCUAAUGUGUCUGUUUUUAGCUGACAUUUAAAUUUGUAUUUAUACUGUUUCAAAAUGAGUUGAGCCGAAGUUUGUUCAGUUGAGCAUAGCUUUUACCUCAGAUUGCGCCUCCCUUUGAAUGUUUGAUGUGAACUAUUGUCUAGGCCAUACUGAGUGUCUCUUAUCGAGAUGUUUUCAAAGCUUUAGAGGAGAUGUGUGUACUGUACCUGGGACAACACUGUGUUUCUGUUCUCCUUGUAGAUUUGUCUCAAAUGACUUCCUUCAUUAAUUUGUGGUGGUCAGUGAUAAGAAGGGACAAAUAUGAUGUUACAAUGUGAUUGUAUUUUUGUUAUUAUUAUUAGAUUUUUGUUAGAUGUUCAUUGAUUUUUAGUGUUACAUUUCUGGUAGUGAGCUGCUCAUUUUCAGAUUUUAGACCAUCUCAUCACAACCUAGUACAGGUGUUUGUUUUUGUGCUGCUGCCUUAUUUCUUUCUCGUUUGAAAGUCAUUAGUAGAUACUGAGACCCUAAGAGCGACUUCACACACAGACUCGUUAAAGGAUCAAUCCAAUCCUGCCUUAUUUUCGCUGCAUUUCAAGAUGGAAAAAAACUAAAGCACACUUGAAUAUGUAUCAUGACUGAAACAAACCCCAGCUAUUCUAUAUAUUUAUUUCUUGUAGUCACAUUCUUUGAUAGGUUCCUGUUCCUGAUGUCCUAAGAGAUUUUAUUGUUUCAUGCAAAUGUUUUAAUGUGCUACACUUUAUUGCACAGUUUGCAGUCACUUCAGAAUCAAUUGUAACAGUCAACAUAGCAGAGUUUGUGCUUUUAUUUACCCUCGACUGAGAUAUCAGUAGUUUACUGUAGUGACUCUGCACACAUGGUUUUACUUAAAAGAUAAAUGUAAGUUUAGUAUUUGCCUCUGCAUUUGUGUUAGAAGUUGUUCUGUGGGAGUUUGGUAAAUAUAAACUACUUUUCUAUUGAUUGAUUAACUAUAGUGCUGACUGCUGUGUGGAAUGCUCACUAUAUAUAUGUAGAUAUGAGAGAGAGUGACCUUUUGGUAUCUUCUUGGACUGAGCUGGGCACUUAAAAUUUUGGUCUUGAAUUACAAUUUCAAGAUGCAAAUGAUUUCUAUUUUUAUAUGUGCAGAGAGACAGUGGCAUGUACUGUAACAUAAAGGUACAUACUUUAAGGUUUAUUCAUUUUUAGUUCCAUAAUUUGAAAAAGUAAUAAACAGUUGUAAUGAAUUCUUUGAGUGCAGAUUCCUCUUAACAGUGCAACUUAUAUGCUCAAGACUGGCAGGAUGGCUGACAAGAUAGAAAUGGAGAAAAAUUGCGCAUCACAUCACUUUUUUCAGACUUUGCUCUAAUCUUUGCUUGUAAAUUACUGGAUAAUUAUACCUCCAUCCACCGUAAAACAAGUCCAAGAAUGAACUUAAAUACUUUCCUGUCAGUUAAGACUAAGUUCCCUUGAACUGUGAUAGAUUUUGGAGCAAUGGCUGCUUUUGGUAUUGCAGGAUCACGUGACCCCCACAGAUUGUAAAAAGAUAUAUUUUCUUGAACAAUCCAAACACCACAAAAUGACUC